AUGAUGAAACGGUCGCGGCGGCCGGCAGCCGAUGCAUCGGCGAAGUAUGAGGUGAAACUCAAAUCUAUUAAGCUAGAAAUGGAGUUCGGAGACGAACAGGGAAUUUAUCACGAUGAUGAUCAUCAUCGGCACAAAGUUAUGGGAAUUAAGCUGAAAUGGAAAGGCGAACCGGCCGCCCAGUUUGGAAUAUUCCCGGCCGUCAUCCGGGCGUUUACUAGUUAUCAUCAACAACGACGUAAGGCUUUCACGAACGAAAAACCGAUGGUGAUCAGGAAGGUUGCCGGAGGCGGUGGUGGAAGACGGGAGGCGGUUGUGGAAUGGGAUCACGAGUUUGAGAGUAGUACUGUUUGUAGCUUUACGGUUGAUUUCGAUGAUCGGAAGUUUGGUCGACGACGUCCUUGGGAACUCUCUUUCAGUGUUUUGCACGGGUUUGAGAAGAAGAAAAAGAAGACGAAGAUUGGAAAGGCGAUAUUGAAUUUAGCUGAAUUCAUCAAGGGGUCUGAUGAUCAUCGUAAUGGAAAUGAAGCAAAACUGCCUAUUAAUCUCAAUUUUGAAGGUGCCUCCACGCAAGCUACUUUACUGGUGAGAUUGGAUAUUGUCGAGAUUAAAGAUUAUUCAAGACAAGUUUCUAACUCGGUUGAAUCAAGUGGGCUAUUGCAUGGACCGGAACUGAAGAAACUGGACAAACCAGUCCGGUCAAAAUCAGCAAAAAUAAGAAGUACUUCAGGAGAACCAUAUUUGGAACCAGACAGGAAAAUUGGAAUUUUCUCUUGGAAAAAGAUGAGAUUGAGCUUUAAAUCAUCCACCAUUACAACAAUUGAAAAUGACAAUAAUCAUGAAACUGAUGUUGAUCCACCAAAGGUUGAAGAAGAUACAAAUGGCUCAUGGGAAUCGAAAGAAAUAACGAGUAGGGAUGGACUAACAAAGCUAAAAACCGAUGUAUUCUUUGCUUCUUUUGAUCAAUGCAGCAAUAAGGCUGCAGGAGAAGGUGCUUGCACAGCCUUAGUUGCCUUCAUCGCGCAUUGGCUCCAUGUAAACAACGAGACAAUGCCUAAUCGGCCUGAAUUCAACGAUCUCAUCCUGCAAGGCUCAUCCGAAUGGCGAAAGUUAUGCGAAAAUGAAUACUACACCAAUGAUUUUCCCAACAAGCACUUUGAUCUUGAGACCGUGUUGCGUGCUGAUAUCCGGCCUAUAUCCAUUUCUCGGGAUGAUUCUUUCGUAGGAUUCUUUGGUCCUGAAAAGUUUGAAACUCUCAAAGGCGCUAUGUCAUUCAAUGAUAUUUGGGAUGGCAUCGUUGAGAGGAUUCAGAAAAACCGUGAUGGCGAGCCGGGGAUCUACAUUGUGAGUUGGAAUGAUCAUUUCUUUGUGUUGAAAGUGGAGAGCAAUGCCUAUUACAUUAUUGACACUUUGGGUGAAAGGCUGUUUGAGGGAUGCAAUCAGGCUUACAUACUGAAAUUUGAUGACUCAAGUUCGGUGUAUGGAACAAAAGAUGAUCAAAUGGAGAUGAUUUGCAGUGGGAAAGAAUGUUGUAAAGAGUUCAUCAAUAGAUUUCUCGCGGCUAUACCAAUCAUGGAACUCGAAACAGAGGAGGAAAAAGGGCCGGUUUCAUAUUAUUCCUUGCAUCAUCGCUUGCAGAUAGAAUUGAACUCCACUGUUUUGCUUUCCUCUCUGAAAUCAUCCCCCUUUUCUUCCUCAUCAAAUAAUUCAGAUGAAUCUUCUUGUUCAACUGAUGAAUGUAUAUAA